UACCGUUUUGACUUGUAAACUUCUUACAUGGCGCUUCAAGUUACUGCAAUACUGCAGUUAGUAAACAAUUAUUGUUUUUUUUUAAUUCUCUCAUCGGUAAUUUGAUAUUUCAAUAUAGUGUCAAAUGGUGAAUAGUGUCGAUGUAUUGUCAUUUAUUGUUGACAACAGAUCAACAGAAUUUAUGUAUAGUUUGUUAAAUGUACAUAAUUAACGUAAUAUCAUUUAAAUUUAACUAUUAAGUUAUUCUUAAAAGUGUUAUUAAACUUUAUAGUAUUUAUAUUAAUGUUUUUAAUUUUACGCGUCAAGAAAAAAUAUGAAAAUAAUUAAAUUAUUUAUGCAUAAUAAAUAAUAAUAAAAAAAACUAAUUUGGAUAAUAACUUUUUUUUUUUGACUUCAUAAAAAUGUCUGCUAUUGUGAGCAGUGAAUCUACAGUGAAUGAUAUCAAUAAAAUAGAAGAAUCAACUGUCAAAGUAGAAGAAAGUGGAUCUGAUGAAGCGGUACGUACAGCAUUAUUAGCUGUCACCGAUAAUAUUGUCAGUGUCCAAAUUGAGAAAAAAAAGAAUUUAGAAAUAUCUGCUUCAUCUUCAAGUAGUUCAUGUGACUCCAGUAGUUCAGAAUCAGACUCUGACAAUAGUUCUGAUUUGGAUGAAGACGAAAACGAAAAAGAACAAAAGAGGUGUGACGAAAAAGUACGGGAAAUUGAAAACGGAUUUUAUCAUUUAAAAGAAAUGUUAUAUAAAGAACGAAUAAGAGAAGUAGAAGAAAAAUUAGUUGAAGUAAGAUUGGGUACAGCUAAAGAGUAUCGUGUACCUUUACAAGAAUUACAAGACCAAAUGGACUCUAGACUUGAAGUUGCUUCUGUACUUAAGCAAUUUAAACUUACCAAUUUGAAGCACAAGUAUGAAGCAGAAGAACAAGCAAUUAGACAAAAUUUUGAGAAUAAUAAAGAAAUAUUGUAUGACACCAUUAAAGCUGAUUUAGAAGAAAAAAUACAGCGUCUAGAAGAAGCUCGUAAUGAAGUCGAUAUUGAUGCAUCAUUAUGGUUAGGUCGAAGUUUGACACGAAGUGGAAGGGGCCGUGGUCGUCGACCUUAUGGGCAUACACAACAAAAAAAUAAACCAGUUAUAGUAUCUGGCCCAUAUAUAGUUUACAUGCUUAAAGAACAUGAAAUACUUGAGGAUUGGACAACUAUAAAAAAAUUAAUAUCUUCAUCUAGGCGUCGAGAAAAUGCUGAUCAGCGCUAUAAGCCAUAUUGACAAUAAAUUAAAAUUCUCCCUUCAAAAAGUUCCUUGUUUGUAUUUUUAAGUUGGGAUUCUCAGUUUAAACAUUUGCACUAAUUUAAUGUUAAAUAUAGGACAUUUAAAAAUAAAUGUAUUUAUUAGACUGCCAAUGAAUUAAAGUCCCAAAAAAGAAACUUAACUAAAAUAUUAUGUACUUUAAAGUAUUUGCAUAUGAAGUAUGUAUCCUUUGUAUACUUUACUCUUGAUCAUUUAUUUAAUGAUCAAAGAUUGAAAAAUAAUUAUGUAUAUUUAAAAUUUAAUUCUUACUUAGACAGAUAA